AAGUGACCGAUCUGUCGAAUGAGGAGUAUAUAAGGUAGGAUUGGCGGGCAGUUGGUAUUCAUUCGUUGAGUGGAAUAGCAUCAGCAAUGGCAGCUAAGUUCGUUGCCGUCCUCGCCCUGGUGGCCGUAGCCCACAGCUCCGUGGUACCUUCACCCCUAGUCAAAGUGAACACUGACUACUCCAGCUUCGGUUACGAUGUCGCCGACCCCAACACUGGCGACUACAAGAGCCAGGUGGAGACCCGCGUUGGUGGCACCGUCUCUGGACAGUACUCCCUUAUCGACCCUGAUGGCACCAAGCGCACCGUGGACUACACCGCUGAUGACAUCAACGGAUUCAACGCUGUCGUCCGCAAAGACCCGAUUGUCGCUGCACCCGUUGUUGCCCCAGUUGUCUCCGCUCCUGCCGUAGUUGCCGCUCGUGUCGCCGCUCCUGCUGUUGUCGCCGCUCGUGUUGCCGCCCCCGCCUACGUUGCCCCCUCGGCUUACGUCGCGUCGUCCCCAGCUUACGUUUCUUCCCCAGCUGUCGUCGCCGCUCCUUCUGUGGUAGCUGCUCGUGCAUACUCUCCUUACUAUUCUUCCCCUUACGUCGCGUCCUCCCUCGCGUACAACCCUGUCCACUACUACUAAAUCCAAACCACCACCGAUUUCUGCUGUAAAUAACUAUGUGUAUUUAUAAGUAAAUAAAAGUGAAACUACCUACUUA